GUUUCGAAGUUGAAGCCAAACGGCAAGUGCAAGAUCGCGCCCGGUCGAAUGGAAGACGCUGCGGCGCGCGCACGCCACGAGGCCACCAAGGCGAAGCUCGAGGUGCAGUUUCCGAUACCAAAGUGGUACGACCUCUCGCUGCCGCACGUCGCGCCGCCGUCCGAGCGGACGCCCGCGCAGCCGAUGGCCACGUCCCAUCUGCACGCCGAGGCGCACCAGCAUCGCCAGCACACGGCCAACGACGCGCUGCGAUCACCGGCGCGCCUGCACCGGCGCAAGAUCCAGACGGCGGCUGCAAGUCCGCCCAAGAAGCCUCGCCUCGCACCGCCGCUUUUGCAGCAGACGGAGGCCUUUGGGCUCUGGUCGGUCGAGGCGCCGGCGCUCACCCCGCCAGAUGUGCUCUUGAGCUCAUACGACAUGGAGGCAAUGCUGCGCACGCCACCCGUUGUCGACGACCGCUGGGCGCCGCUUGUCGAGCCGCGGCCCAAGCCGCUCAAGCAGCGGAGCUCGGUGGCUCGCCAUGCAGGGCUCACCAAGUCCGGGUCAUCUUUUCUUGGUGCCCAUACGACCAAUGGUUCGAUGUUGGAGCGACACCGGUCGUCGCAUGUAUGGUCCAACGUCUCGCGCUCGAUCGACGAGAUCUACCAGGGCACCGCGGCGCUCGUCGGAACGACCCGGCCGUCCAGCCCCGACCCGAGCGACGCGCACGCCGCUGCCAUCGAGCUCGACGAAGCCGACGUCGACGACCACGCGUUCGACCACGAGAUACUUGAUGACAAACCCGAGCCCUCCAACAACAGCUACGACGAGGACGACGAGGCCGACGACAUUGCUCCACUACACGUCUACGCUUCCAAAGACAUGACGGACACGGGCCGGAACGUCCUUGACUCGGACCGCCGCAUUGGCACGCCGGGUCUGCGUCGGCGCGAAAACAUCCGCAAGCUCGUGCACUUUGCCGACGGGCAUCUGCGGAAAAAGAUCUUCCGCGGCUGGUCGACGAUCGAGUUUGCCUUCUCCGGGGGCGAUCUCACGCAAGCCCAAGUCGAGAAGGUGUUGACGAGCCACAACAUUUGCGUGACGCGCCUCGACCUCGAGCGCGUGCACUCGACGAUCGACGCGGUCUUUGCCAAGACGGCCCGCACCAACCGGUCCAAUCUCUCGGUCGACGGGAACGACGACGAGGUCACACCGCACGUGGAUCUGCCCGACGACGAGACAGAAAUGGAGCGCAACAAUGACGAGAGCAGCUCGAUUGAGACCGACACGGUCCAUGUUGACGUCAAAGAGACGAGUAGUAGUGUGCCCCACACGGUGUCGUACGAGCUCAUGAUGGACCUCUUCUACCCGCACGAUGAAGCCGAAGCCGCGCUUUGGCUGCUCGAGAUGGAGCAGGAGCGCCAAGCACAGCUGCAGGAAGAAGACAUGCGCAAGCAAAAGUUGCUCGAGCUCGAAACCAAGAUCAAGCGGCGGCUGGCCGAGUCGGCACAAGACAUGUGGCGUGUCAUCAAGAUGUUCGACUACAUGCACACGUCGUGGCCGUCCCAAGCGGUCGCCGAGGCCACCACACUGCGCUUCCACGACCUCCUCUUUGAAACGACACAGCGAAAGAAGCACACGUUGCAGUGGGACGCAGCCACCGAGAGUGCGGCGGUGGUGCCGCAAGCCUCGCUUGACGAACCCGCGGCCUCGGUCGAGGAAAGCGAGAUGACGCAGUCAUCGUCAUCGCUCGCCGCUAAACACUCGGUUAGCCACGUCUUUAAAGCGCUACUUCAGUCCUUCUCACGCAAUCGAUGCCUCGAAGACUUGGAGCUGGACGAAGCCGCGCACGUCUUCCACGACAUUGCCGCCACCGUGCUCCAAAAAGGCGCCUUGCGCUUCCUCGAGCGGCGGUCGAUCUUCGACUGCCCCGAGCGCCAAGCGUUCCUGGCCUACAAGCUCAAGAAGCGAAUGGUCCGAACAUGGCGUGAGAACGCCCUCGAGUGCCUACGCCGUCGCCGCAUGCUACUGCGCAAGUUUGUCGCGUGGAAGUACCUCAUGAUCUGUGGCAAGUGGUACCGCGAGCUCUUCCGGCUCUGCUUUUGGCCACUCUACGUCUGGAAGCGCUGGACGCAGUUUGUCAUCAUCUCGCGCGCCAAAGCCAUCUUCUUGAAAAACGUAUUCCACGAAUACUACCUUGUCCGCCACACGCGUGCGUGGCACCGGUACGUUGCCAAAAAGCGUGCGCUCUACUUGGAGCUCGCCGCCCGCAAGCAGCGAAGGGACCUCGCAGCGCUUCGAAAUAUCGUCGACGCGUGGCGGCCGUGGGCCGCCUACGGCCAGCGCGUGCGCAAGAUUUGGCGCAAGAGCGGACUCACGCUGCAUGUUCAGACCAAGUACUACACGACAAAACUCGCCUUGUACCUCUGGCGCUACUUUACGAUGCUGCACCGCGACAUGCGCCGGCGCCAGUACGUGUGCCUCUACGGCAUGCUGCAGCGCCAGCGGCAGAAGGAGACGCCAACCGACGGGGUCGAGAACGACGUCGUGCCGCUCACACGCAUCAUGGACUCACCGAUGGGCCACCGAAUCAAGCACAAGACGCGACUCCACGACCUGUGCAUCACCACGUACAUCAAAUACCGCAAGAAAGACCGCCUUCACAUUCUCGCCAAGGCGCUCGUGUUUCAACGCAUUGGCCCGACUGUGUUUCACAUGCUCUGGCUCUACAAGGAGAAGAAGAAGCGCAGCCGCCUCGUGUCGAUGUUUGGGGUCUUUAACGUCCUUCGCCACCGGUUUCUCUGCUGGCUCCGCUUUGCCAUGAUCAAGAAGCAACACGAGCGGCAACAUGGACGCGCCAAGACGAUCACAGUGGUGCUACCGGAGGAGCCGUCGUCACGGGCCGUGGGGCGCGCACUGCAGUGGCGUCAAGACAAGGAGUGGCGCGACCAAGGACUUCAGGACGCUGCGCGCGAAGCGAUCGCCCUCCGCGACGCGAUCGAGGCGCUACGUGUCGCGCGAGAGGCAAGCCAGGCCCGGUUCCUCGACCGCGAAGACGAGAUCCGCGACAUCAAGAUCGCUGAAAAAGGCAUCCAGGACGACGAGCAAGGCAAGACACUCCAGAUGACAUCGCAGCUGCACCACUACGCCAACCAAAUCAUCCACACGCGCGUGCGCAAACUCUACGAAGUCAUUUGCCGCGCGUUCGACAUUUUCGAAGACCAAGCGCGCGAGCACCUGCUGAAAUCGACGUUCCGCGCGCUCCGGUUGCCUGCGAUGCAAAAGAAGAUGACGCUGCUCUGUCAUCGGUGCCAAUUGCGCAACUGGAUCCGAUUGGCCAAGCGGUUUGGGUACUGGCUGCACAACAUGCCGCGCUACCACCGGCUCAAGCAUCUGCACUACACGUGGCAGCGCUGGGCGAAAUUCGUCCAGGGCCGGCAGCUCUUCGAGUCGCCGGGGCUCGCAACGAGCAUGCGUCGGCGGCGGGUGCUUGUCUCCAAGUUUGAACACUACUUGCUCCAGGAAGACUUUAUGAUGCUCCCGACGGUCCUCGGUCAAAAGCUCUCGUUCAACUCGUUCCGCGCGGUCUUUAUGCGCUGGGUCGAGUGGACGCAGCUCCACAUUGGGUUUACGUCGCUGUUGUCGAAUUUUCGCAAGCGGAUGGACGUCCGGCUCAUGGGCCACGUGUUUCUCUCGUGGAAGCACCAUUUGCGGCAAAAAUACGUCGUGCUGCCGUCGUCGUGGCGCGAAGGCCGGUAUGCCGCCGACGUCGAGCGGCUGCGCUCGUCGCUCUGGGCGCUUCGCAAGCACCUCGUGUCGUGGCGCGUGCGCAAGGUGCUCCGCGCGUGCGACCGCAUUCUCAAGCUCAGCGUGUGCAGCAACCCGACGCUCAAAAAUUUGUUUGCUGUGCAUACGCGCGAGGUGCUGCGCCGCCUCGCGCUCGAGAACCGGCUCAUGUUUGUCGCCUACAACGAGCGCAAGCUGCACCACUACGAGGAGCGCACGACGCCCAUGUACGGCGGCGUCAAAGGCAACAAGUUCGAGUACGACGGCGCCAUCUCGUUUGGCCAUAUUCACCAAGUCAUUGUUGUUUGCGGCAAGAGCGUUGAUGGCCUCGCGACCGUCGUCAAGUCGUUCUCUGACACCAUUGAAGGGCGGCUGUGUGGCAACCCGUUCGGGACGCGGUCGGUCUUUCAGCUCGCGCCCCACGAGCUUCUCGUCAAAAUCGAAGGGUUUGCGUCGCAGUCGACUCUGCUGGGCCUCCGCCUUGGCACAAACCAGGAUCGGUACUCAAAGUGGUAUGGACGCGCCGACGUCGGCGUCUACUUUUGCCUCGAGGCCGAGCCAGACGAAGAGGUCAUUGGCUUCCACGGCUACGCCGCCAAGGACUCGGUGCACGGCAUCGGCGCGGUGUUUCGCCGGACAACGGAGCGCAACAUCUUUGAAGGGCUUUGGACCCAAGCCGAGGUGCCGACCGACGACGUUAGCAUCAACCAAUGCGACCGGCAGUUUUCCUACUUUUUGCAAAUGCGGUCGUGCGACAUUUACGCGGCCAUGGAGCGCGCGCAUCGAUUGGCGCUGCGCAUGUGGCGGUCCGAGUCGACGGACGAAGCCGUGAAUCGACUGCGCAUCGUCAUGGGCAUUUGCCAAUGGUUUUUCAAUUCGCUUACACACGGCCUUGUCAAGCUCAGUGAAAACGAAGACGAUGGACAACGCAUUCUCCAGGAAGGCAUCAACGUCCGCGCGGCCGGCGAGAAGCUCCUCGGCGAAGGCGAGAAGAUCCUCGAGUCCGUCUCGCGCUACCGCGAAGGCCGCAAGCAGCAGCUCAAUGUCGCGGUGCUGGGCUUCAAGAAGAUUCAAGAGCUGCGCCAAAACAUCGAGCUCGGUGAAUCCAAAAUCAAGCGGGGCAAACAACAAAUCGCCGAAGGCAACAGCGUCAUUUUGGCGGGGCGCCAGCUCUUGCCCAAGAUCCCGCUCACGGAUCGCAUGGUCAAGAACGUCCGUGAGCUCUACCGCAUCGUGCUCACAAAGGACUCGAUGGACUCGAUGAGCGACGGCAUUCGGAAGCUGCUGCUCAAGGACAAGGAGCCCGACACGUCGUUCAUCGACAUGAAGGACGUGGCCGAGGCGCGUGCGAACGCCGCCUUUGACAUGGGCCAAGCCCGCGCCGAAGUUGUCUCGUCCAACCUCCGCGAGAAGCUCCGGGCCUUCAAAUAAGCAGACGUUGUCCAGAGUUGACUGCGCUUGAUGAUCGAUCAACAAGGGGAUUUGGUGCCCGCUGAACAGGCCAUCAACACGCUUGGAUGACUCCAAGACGCCAGGAGCAGGAACCAUUGAGCGGGGUGGAAACCAUCUCGAUUGUUAAAUAGACCAGCGCUGCUG